AUGUUGUCGCGAAAAUCAUACCUUAUCGCCACCAUUGCCACGGCCAGCAUCCUCGUCCUCCUGUACACCUCGAGGAUAGGCAGCAGGCCAGGCCUUGACGAACCAUAUUAUCGCCAUGGGACUCACGGAGGCCACCAAGCACCCCAACAUUCCGCCGCCGAUGCGUGCCAGUGCAACAGCACGGACGGCCCUCCGCCGCCUCCCCCGAUUGUCUCAUCCAGCCCACCGGCCGACCCGGCGUGCGAGGGCUUUCCAGACACGAGCAAUGUGCUGUUGGUCAUGAAGACCGGCGCAUCCGAAGCCUUCGCACGGCUGCCGACGCAACUGGUGACCAUGCUGAGGUGCCUGCCCGAUUUCCUCAUCUUUAGCGACAUGGCCCAAAACAUUGGCGGCUACCAGGUCCACGACAGUCUGGCGACCGUUUCGGAAGAAGUGCAGGAAGGCAACUCGGAUUUCGACCUGUACCGCCGCCAGAAAUGGUGUCUGGUCGACCAGGAAAACUGCAACAAGCUGGGGAACCCGGCCCGCGAAGGCUGGAACCUCGACAAGUACAAGAAUGUCCACAUCGCGGAGAAGGCGUACGGCAUGCGCCCCAACUAUGACUGGUAUCUCUUCGUCGACGCCGAUACCUAUGUGCUCUGGCCGAACCUGAUGCAGUGGCUGAAGAAGCUGGACCCGACCAAGAAGCUCUAUCUCGGAAGCGUCACGCUGAUCAACAACUUCAGCUUCGGCCACGGCGGGUCGGGCUACCUCGUCAGCAAGGGCGCGAUGGACGCUUUUGUCGGCAAGAACCCGGGCGUCGCAAACGAGUACGACAUGCGCGCCAAGGGCGAGUGCUGUGGCGAUUACAUCUUUGCCCUAGCGCUGAAGAACAAGACGGAGGUUGGCGUUCAGCAAAUGUGGCCCACCAUCAACGGAGAGAAGCCCGCCACGCUCCCAUUCGGCCCCUCGCACUGGUGCCACCCGAUCGUGACGAUGCACCACAUGAACGCCGAGGAGAUCAACACGUUCUGGCACUUUGAGCGGCGCAAGCAGCUCGCGCUGGCCGAGUCGGGCACCUCCCGGCCCCUCGUGCUCAAGGACAUCUUUGAGGAGUUCCUCGCGCCCCACCUGAACGCGACGCGCGAAGACUGGGACAACCUGGCCGACAACCGCUUCUACCUCGACCUGGACGACGACGGGCGCAAGUGGGAGGAGUGGCAGACCAAGCGCAUGAAGAAGCCCGAGGACUACAACGAGUACGAGAAGAGGGCGCACCUGUCGUUCGAGGACUGCGGCGCCGCCUGCCGCAGCCUGCCCUACAACGAGUGCUUCCGGUAUAAAUACCAGAACGGCGCCUGCGCCAUCAGCAACUCGUUCAUCAUGGGCAAGCCGGUCAAGCGCGACGAUAAGGACGAGAACAGGGUCAUGAGCGGCUGGGACGUGGAGAAGAUCCAUGCCUGGAUCCAGAAGCAGGGCAGCUGUGACAAGAUCAAGUGGCCUGAUGUCAAGGGCUAG